ACGAGUUUUUCUGUUGAAGUGCAGCUGGAGUAUGUUGUCGAGGUUCAAUUUAUCCUCUGUUGACAGGCUGCGUGGGCGUGAACUCCAAUGCAAGUAGUAGCUGCAAGGAAAAGCGCCUUCCGCUGUAGUACCCCGCGUGUCUCAUCGUCACGGGCACGAGAACGUCUAUCUCGGUCACGGUACAAGAUUUCGGAGGUAAUUGAGUCGUUUGGAGGAAACAUUCGACAAUUCUGUAAAAGAUUCUUGUUCUCCAAAGCCUGCGUGAUUCGGUCGAAAGCGAAGAGGCACGACGACUCACUCUGAUUCUCACGCUGAGAGGUGUCGUGUCUCUUCGUUGUAGUCUCCGCAGUGUCUCAGCCAGUCCCCCAUGCGCGCCCGAAGAGAGUUCUACACGUCUUCUCAACAGUGUAUACCCGUACGCUUAUGAACCGUUUUCUCUACUGCUGCUUCGCUUCGUUCUCGAUGGAGACUGCGGUACUUCGCCCCCUGGGUUUGGGGUCCCUUCCCGUGAGGGAACUGGUCCAGAGCCGUCGCACGUUCCGUCCAGCGCGCUCGGUCUUUUUGAUUGUUGCCACUUUGGUGCUGUACACUUUCACUUGGGAUCCGUCGCACGAUUUUCCGAUCACCUUCUCUUCUGCCGAACUAAAAUCCUCCUCGGAGGAACCUUCCCAACAACCCGCUUCAGCUGCGGGUGGAACUGACCGAUUUGGCUCAGAGACCUCAGAGGAGGGUAAAAACGGCAGCUUGAGGAAGGAAAAAAAGAAACGCGACUCUCCUCCCGUCAGAUGCGCGCAGAGUUUGCGAGAUGCCGUCAACGGAGCCAUCAGCGAGAUCAGCGGAACUCGAGUGCUCGUGGAGCACUUGCUUCGCCUGUGGAGCUCUGUUCCGUACGUCCCGAUGCUCGUCUGCCCCUCCUCGAUUUUCCCCUACGCGCCGACUCUGCCGUGGCCGAAACAGGAAGAUCUGCGAGACGGCGACCUCCUCAAAGACGUUCUGAGCACAGGAACGCUGACAGUCGCAGGUGUGGGCGCGGCUGCUGUUGCUCAGAGCUCUCUGACUGUCGUUGCUGCAAGAAACCGAGGCGAAGAAGGAGACUACAACAGGCCCGAGCCUACAGGCUUCUUUCCUCAGUACCUGAGACUGAUUGCGUCAAUCAUUGGGGCUCACUACGACACACCCAUUUCGGUCCACUGGCUCUUUUAUCCUUCUGUGGAGGAGGCGCAGAGGGCGGUUCUGAACGGACAAGCUCAUAUGACGGACAUUUACUUCCUUCUGGGUCAGUCAACACCUGGAGAACCCCAGCCAUUGAUGGAUUUCUACGCAACCUGCCCGGUCGUCGGUUCCCCUGCUCUGCUCAUCCUUCGAGACGACUCACACGAAGACGCCCGCCAGUCGACCACAACGAAAAAACCCGGUGGCUCCAGGCCAGUUAAGACCAGCAAAAACGAGCUCAUCAACCUGAAUCGCCGGAUAGAAAACGCCGAAGAGAACUGGGAGAGGACGGUCGUGUUCUUGUCUCAGGAUCUCGCAAACACAGUGCAGCACAGCCUCUCCCCGAAGGCCUUGUUGCAUUUCACGAAGACUCUGGAAGCAGCGGCAAAAAUGGUGAACGAUUGGGAAGCCGCAGCCGUGAUGACUACUGGAGUUAUCCCGACACUGCCCCCUUCCUUGAAGGUUGUCGAUGCUCACUUGCUGCUCGCGAAGGGUGCUUGGAUCGAGAGAACACAUGCUCUGGAGUGCAUGGAGGCCGAACACGACAGCAUGCUGACGGAGUACGCCGAAAAGAAGGUGUCUGAUGGGUCUGGCGCUCUUGCUUUCACAAGAUCGAGCGUCACGUCAGUGAGUGCCUUCUCCUGGCUUGCCGUCGCGGCGGUCGUCCUCAGUAGCGCAUUCACAUACUGACUGCGGACGCGAUUCCAACAAAUUCGUGAACAGGCGUGGCGGCGUCUCGCGUGCUUGGAAUUGCUGUGCCGGAGGUAGCAGGUGGUAGUUCAUUGGAAACUAGUAGCGGAAGCAGCACGUGUGAAGCAGUUGCAAUGUGCAGUUCUUAAAUCUCUCAAGAUAGGGGCAGGACAGGUGGACGAAGGCUGUGUCGAGUAACAAGCGGCAAGGGACUUUGGCACGCGUCUGAAACUGGCAUCUCGACCGCUCCAAAAGAAUCCGGUAGCGGACGGGUGGGAAGCUCUGUCGCGUUCACAUGGAUGUAAACUAUGUCAAGUUUACGUAUUUAUUAGUAUAAACAAUGUGUCCUACACGAAUAUGUAAGUACAUGCAUCGGGUACAACCGUGUGCGA